UGAAAUUUAAAAGUGCCAACGUCGACCAAUACGUAGGACGAUGCUAAGUCCAUUGUGAGACCGCCAGUCACAUAACGAUGACUCAGUGGGCCCAGCGUUAACAUUUCAACACAGACCUCAUACCUGGCAUCAAUAAAUACUAAUGGUCCAUUCCAACCGCGACGAUCCAGGGAUCCUUUCAAAUGUUUUCAGUUUUGUCUCGCGAGAGAUUGGCGAGUUCAUGAUAAAUGCUACCGGUCAAUCAGGCUCCUUCCCCCCAUCUCCACGUCAUACCAGCCGUUCAAGAGGCAGAAAAGUCCGCCCUCGUCCUCAAGAUGAUACGCCCCUCCCUUCGUCACACUCAGGAACGACAUACCCCCAACUACACAAAAAACCCUCCAUCACAAUGCCUGGUUCACUUUUCCCCCGAUCAGAUUCGCCCCAGCCCGAUUCCGUACUGCGUACUCCUCAAUCAACUCUCGACGUCGACGCACAAGACUUGGAACCCGGCCCUUCUCCCUGGCGCACUCGUCCCAUCGCCUCCGUCCAUGACGCAGUUCAACGAUUUACCGCGAGUGGAGGGGAAGAAAGGGACUUUUCGCUGUUGGUUGUCAGUAGUCCUACGGGUCCUGUAGAUCCGGAGAGCUCAGGCGCCGUACUAGAAACGCCGCAUCUGCCCCUGGGUGGUGUUUCGCAGAAGGGGAAAGAACACGCUGUUGAUGAUGGAGACGAGGAUUUAGCAUUUAUACUCGAUCAUCACCCCGUGCAAGAUAAGGUAAAACAGGAUAGGGACAAGGAACGCAUUAGAAUGUUGGAGGAAGAAGUCAGGAUGUUGAAGGAAGAGCUCUCCCGUCGCCGCCGUUCGCCAACUCCUCAAAUCAUUCACACCCAAGCCCCAAUACCACCUCCACCCCCACCCCCACCACUUCCACCUCCUCCCGGCGUCCGCAUUCCCCUCCCUCCUUCUCUAGGCGAAAGCAAGGCCCUUUUCGCAAGUGCGCGCGCUGCCUUACGCCCAACCGACGCCGGUACGACUGGGAGCACAAAUGAUCUGGCGAGGUCAGCAAGCGGCAAGGUGAGACAACCAACCGUCAACGUUCCUAGCGAUAAAAUGGCCGCGUUCCUGAAUGAGAUGAGGACGGUGCGGUUGAGGAAAGUGGGGUCUGCACCUGGACCUGGGCCUGAGGGACUGAGUAGGAGCGUUAGUGAUCGACCUGGGCCCAGUGGAUUAAGCCGUAGUGUGAGUUCGAGUGCUGCUGGAGUGGACGGGCGGAGAGAGAAUGUGACGAGGCGUAAGUCGACGGGCGUGAAAGCGCCUGUUGGUUCAGCCGCUUCCGGUCUCGCUUCUGCGUCGACUAGCUCGUCGAGAACAGCUUCUUUUUCCAACGUGAGUAAAGCAGCAUCGACCUCAAAACUCCCUUCCACCUCGAGCAUUCCCAGCCCGAAAUCUGCUCCAACCGCGUCGAAACCAUCAUCCUCACACACUUACCCGGCCCCCUCAUCGCACGCAACCCGCCCAGCCUUAAAUAACAAACGCAAAGCAGAUGUCCUAGGCAACUCAGAAGGGAGAUCUACUUCCAAACGACGUCCAGGUACUUGUGCGCAAGCUCAAUCAGACACGAGCUCUUCAUCGUCAUACUCAAGAACACACGAAUUUGCCGGUUCCACACACUCAAAUUUCUCACUCACAGGCCCAUCACAUACGAACCACUCCUCACUAUCGAACGAAACAGACAUCACCACUCCCUCUUUAUGCUCUGAUAACGAGCUUGGAGGGGACGCGGAUGGUAGGAUGCCGUCGACGCCGCCUGGACCAAGGUCUGCUGCAGCUACAGUUCAGAACGCGCAUGAUGAUGUUAUAGAGAUCAUUGACGUGGAUAUGGAAGACAAGAAUGUUGAUAUCGAGCCUGCACAUAAUCAUGUCACGCCCUCCCACCCACAAAGCGAUUUGUUCAGGAAACGUCCGCCGAUGUCGCCGUUGCCUGUACUAACGCCAACGAGGGCGCGAGCGCCUGCGCGUGCCAAGGGGAGGAAGUCUGUGCCGACGCCUGAGAGGACAAAGAGGGGCGCGACGCCGAAGCCGAAGAGUAUCAUGCUGCUCGACGAGGAUGACGACGACGACCAGGAUGAACCGGAUGAGCUGGCGUUACCCCCGAAGUUGGAAUGGCGGCGCGAGGUUCAGCCCAGAGUCGCAAAUAAUUCGACCGCGGCUAAUAGCAAGGGCAAACGACGACUGACGUUAGACGAAGAGCUUGCGCGGGCAAGGUCGUCUGAUCGGCUUGUGGAGCUUGGAUUAGAAAGUGGGGAACUGUUUGGGACGGGCACUGGGAACAAACGACGGGGAUUCUUAGCUGGGGGUGGUGCGGGUGGUGCGCCUGUGUUUAUGGGCGCAGGGUAUGUUCGGGGUGUCGAGGAGGAUGGACUGGACCUGCCAGUGUCGAGGAUACCGCGGCGAAGAGGCUAGCAUGUUUCAAAAUAUUUAUUGUAAUCUUUAUCGCAUUCCCUUGACUCUCUUGUAAUUUCUUGUAUAGCUAGCUGUGUGGAAACCCGCCGUAACGACAGUACUAGUGGCGAGAAUCACUAGAACUAUUCGGACAGCC